GAGGAUUGUCCACGAGGUGAAUGGCCUCUAGCAGUAGUUGAAGAAUCGUAUCCAGAUAAGAAUGGACAUGUUAGACAAGUGUUGAUUCGUGCAGCCAAUCAGACUCAAUAUCGACGUGAUGUUAGGAAAUUGUGUCUCCUGGAGAAAUUCGACUCGGAGUAA